AUGGCAUCAUCAUCGAAUUCUCCAUGUGCGGCGUGCAAAUUUUUGAGGCGGAAGUGUCAACCGGAGUGUGUGUUUGCGCCGUAUUUUCCACCGGACCAGCCUCAGAAAUUUGCAAACGUGCACAAAGUUUUCGGAGCAAGUAAUGUGACGAAGCUUCUCAACGAGUUGCAGCCCUCGCAGCGGGAAGAUGCCGUCAAUUCUCUUGCUUAUGAGGCCGACAUGCGUCUCCGCGACCCCGUCUAUGGCUGCGUCGGAGUCAUCUCCUUCCUGCAGCACCGUCUCCGCCAGCUGCAGAUGGAUCUCAGCUGCGCGAAGUCCGAACUAUCCAAAUAUCAAAACCUCGGCAUCACCGCUGCCACUACCCACAACCAACACCCCAACAUGGGCAUCAAUCUGAUUGGCGGUGGAGGCGGGGGCGGAGGAGGAGGUGGUGGUGGACGUGAGCAUCACUUUCAUCACCACCAGUUCUUCCCUAGAGAGCAUCAGCAGCAGAUGAUACGGAGCUUCGACGCCGGCAACAAUUACGACACUGGCCUUCUUGCCAUGAAUGUCUCCGCCAGUAUCGGCCAGCUGAGUCAGUUCCAGCAACCGAGAGCUGCCGCCGGAGACGACCGCCGCACCAUUGAUCCAUCUUAG